AUGAAAAUCACUGAAAAACUGGAACAGCACAGACAGAGCUCCGGUAAGCCAACGUACUCGUUCGAGUACUUCGUGCCCAAGACCACCCAGGGUGUUCAGAACCUCUACGACCGGAUGGACCGGAUGUACGAAGCAUCGCUGCCGCAAUUCAUCGAUAUCACCUGGAACGCCGGCGGCGGGCGGUUGUCGCACCUGUCCACGGAUUUGGUGGCCACCGCACAAUCCGUGCUCGGGCUGGAAACGUGCAUGCAUCUGACCUGCACUAACAUGCCUGUGUCGAUGAUCGACGACGCCCUGGAGAACGCGUAUCACUCCGGGUGCCAGAACAUCUUGGCGCUGAGGGGCGACCCACCUAGGGACGCCCAGAACUGGACCCCCGUCGAAGGCGGGUUCCAGUACGCCAAGGACCUGAUCAAGUACAUCAAGUCCAAGUACGGCGACCAUUUCGCUAUCGGGGUUGCCGGGUACCCGGAAUGCCACCCGGAAUUGCCCUCCAAAGACUCGCAGCUAGACCUGGCGUACCUGAAGCAGAAGAUUGAUGCCGGUGGGGAUUUCAUCAUCACGCAAAUGUUCUACGACGUCGACAACUUCAUCGCGUGGUGUGCGCAGGUUAGGGCCGCGGGCAUGGACGUUCCCAUCAUCCCCGGCAUCAUGCCCAUUACCACGUACGCGGCGUUCUUGAGAAGGGCCCAAUGGGGCCAGGUCUCCAUUCCACAGUCGUUUCUGGCGGAGUUGGAGCCCAUCAAGGACGAUGACGAACUCGUCCGUGACAUCGGCACCAACUUGAUCGUGCAAAUGUGCCAGAAGCUGCUCCACAGCGGGUACGUUUCGCAUCUGCACAUCUACACCAUGAACCUGGAAAAGGCGCCGCUGAUGAUUUUGGAGAGACUGAACAUCUUGCCCACGGAGUCCGAGUUCAACGCUCACCCGUUGGCCGUUCUGCCCUGGAGGAAGUCUUUGAACCCGAAGCGUAAAAACGAAGAGGUCAGACCCAUCUUCUGGAAGAGAAGGCCUUACUCCUACGUCGCGAGAACCUCGCAGUGGGCCGUGGACGAGUUCCCCAACGGUAGAUUCGGUGACUCGUCUUCGCCCGCGUUCGGUGAUCUGGAUCUGUGCGGCUCGGACCUGAUUAGACAAUCCGCCAACAGGUGUCUGGAGCUGUGGGCCACCCCGACUUCCAUCCACGACGUUGCCUGUCUGGUUAUCAGCUACUUGAACGGGAAUUUGAAGUGCUUGCCCUGGAGCGACGUUCCCAUCAACGACGAAGUCAACCCGAUCCUGUCCCACUUGGUCGAGUUGAACCAGCACUCCAUCAUCACCAUCAACUCCCAACCCCAGGUCAACGGCAUCCGGUCCAACGACAACGUCCACGGCUGGGGCCCCAAGGACGGCUAUGUUUACCAAAAGCAGUACCUGGAGUUCAUGUUGCCCAAGACCAAGUUGCCCAAGCUGAUCGAAACACUGAAAAACAACGAGUUCCUGACCUACUUCGCCAUCGACUCUCAAGGCGACCUGCUAAGCAAUCACCCAGACAACUCCAAGUCUAACGCCGUCACCUGGGGGAUUUUCCCCGGCAGAGAAAUCCUACAGCCCACCAUUGUCGAGAAGAUCUCCUUCUUGGCAUGGAAGGAGGAGUUCUACCACAUUUUGGACGAGUGGAAACUGAACAUGGACAAUAACGACAAGCCUCAGAGCUCCCGGUUCAUCCAGUCCCUGAUCGACGAUUAUUGCCUGGUCAACAUCGUCGACAACGACUACAUUUCUCCCGAAGACCAGAUCCACUCCAUCUUAUUAGCUUUAUAA